AGGCCACGUCACGCAAGAUGCUCCGAUCCCGGGCUCCCCUCUCUACACCAUCAAAGCCUUUAUCCCAGCCAUUGAUUCUUUUGGGUUUGAGACAGACUUGCGGACCCAUACGCAGGGACAAGCCUUCUCACUCUCUGUCUUCCACCACUGGCAGAUUGUGCCUGGUGACCCCUUGGACAAGAGCAUCGUCAUCCGACCUCUGGAGCCCCAGCCAGCCCCACAUCUGGCCAGAGAGUUCAUGAUCAAGACCAGGCGUAGGAAGGGCUUGAGCGAGGACGUGAGCAUCAGCAAGUUCUUUGAUGACCCCAUGUUGCUGGAGCUGGCCAAGCAAGAUGUCGUUCUCAACUACCCCAUGUGA